AUGGCUCGCUCUUCCGGAUUGGUCGCUUUGGGUCUUCUUGCUCUCUUUCUUCUGGCCGUUCCGUUUGCGAGCGCAUCAUGGCUGCCUGCGGACAGUCUGACAUGCGUGCCGGCGACGACAACGGUGAUGGAGCGCAGUGAGGGGCGCAGCCGCUGUGCGUACGACAGCCGCCUUGGCUACCGCGCCGUCGGCGUCGGCUACAACCUCGAUGACAAGUCCGACGAGCGCAUGCGCGAGAUCUCCACCGUUGUUGCUGACUUUGACAAGCUGUACCGCGGGGAGGAGUGUCUGAACGACGUACAGAUCAACGCGCUGCUGGCGUUUGACGCGCGGCGCUACCUUAUCCGCGCCAAGGAGCGCAUUGAGAACUUCAACAGCUUCUGCUGCAACGUGCAGUCCAUCUUUGCUGAUAUCGCCUUCACCCACGCCAAGACGCGGCUGGGAGCGCAGUUCAGUCCGGCGAUAGAGAGGGCGCUGAGCUCGCAGUACAAGGAGGCAGCAGAGGAGUUGAGACGCUCCAAGUGGUGCCGCAAGCAUGAGGAGGUGUGCCGGGCGGACACCCGGGCCAUGGAGGAGGGCUGCCCCACUGCUGCGGUCAGUGGCAGCCGCAAGGUGGGAGAAUCGUGGCUCCCCGCCAACAGUCUGACGUGUGUGCCCGCGACAACGACGGUGAUGGAGCGCAGUGAGGGGCGCAGCCGCUGUGCGUACGACAGCCGCCUUGGCUACCGUGCCAUCGGUGUCGGCUACAACCUCGAUGACAAGUCCGAUGAGCGCAUGCGCGAGAUCUCCACCAUCCUCGCAGAUUACGACAAGCUGUACAGCGGGGAGGCGUGCCUGAAUGACCUGCAGAUCAACACGCUCCUGGCGUUUGAUGCGCGGCGCUACCUGAUGCGUGCGGGGGAGAGUGUGAAGGCUCUUGACAACUUCUGCUGCAACGUCCAGGCCAUCUUCGCUGAUGUUGCCUUCACCCACGGCAAGAGUCGUCUGGGAGCUCAGUUCGAUCCAACCAUUGAGAAGGCCUCAUCAUUCCAGUGGAGGGAGGCGGCUGAGGAGCUGAGGCAGUCCAAGUGGUGCCGCAAGAACGAGGGAGCUUGCAAGGUGGAUACUCAGCAGCUGGAGGAGGGGUGUUCCUCUGUGGGUGAUAAUGCGGUCUUUUCUUUUCUUGAGGGGCUUCGUGGGUUGAUGGCAGCAUAG